CCAGCAGCCAGAGUUCCAGGCGGCUCUAGAGUGUGCCAUGACACGCACCAGGUCCUGCAUGCCGAUAGCUUACAGGGGCUAUCUGCCGGAACCCAUCAGGAUGGCUCAGUUUGUGUCCACUUUGUGCAGCACUGACUACAAAGUAGAUUUUGAGUGUGCCAAAAGAAAAGCCUCCAACCUGUACGAUUGCGGCGCUAGGAAAGGCAAGGAAGCCUUCAGUAGGCGAGAGAUGCAACCCACCAUGGAAAACAUCAUAUGCAAAGCCUUCCAGUUCAACGCCGAGUGCCAGGUGGCAGAGCUGAGAGAAUGUGGGUGUGACACUGUCAGGGCAUACGAGAUCGUUUCCCGGGACCUACUCUACCCGCCCGCUUGUCCUCCAUUGCCUGACGGCCCGCGGGUUCAGUGCCAGGCCUCCAACCAGUUUUUGUUUUUGGACAGCUCUGCAAGUGUUGCUUGCCAACAUAUUCUUUUAUUGUUGUUUAUCUCUGGUGUAUCUAUUUGUUUCAGGUUGUUGGUAUAA